GGGAGCACAGAAACAAGGGAAGGAUGCCUGUGGUGUGGCCAACUCUUCUGGACCUCAGUAGGGAUGAGUGCAAGAGGAUCCUUCGCAAACUGGAAUUGGAGGCCUAUGCAGGUGUCAUCAGUGCCUUACGUGCACAGGGAGACCUUACAAAAGAGAAGAAGGAUCUUCUUGGAGAACUCUCUAAAGUGCUUAGUAUUUCAACAGAGCGACAUCGUGCUGAAGUUCGGAGAGCAGUAAAUGAUGAACGACUAACAACGAUUGCACACAAUAUGUCUGGACCAAACAGCUCUUCUGAGUGGUCCAUCGAAGGUCGUCGGCUGGUGCCGCUGAUGCCACGACUCGUUCCACAAACAGCUUUUACUGUUACCGCGAACGCUGUCGCCAAUGCAGCCGUUCAGCACAACGCGUCUCUUCCAGUUCCUGCAGAGACUGGAAACAAAGAAGUGGUGGUUUGCUAUUCCUACACAAGUACCACUUCAACCCCAACAUCUACCCCUGUUCCAAGUGGCAGUGUAGCAACAGUGAAGUCCCCCAGACCUGCCAGUCCAGCCUCCAAUGUAGUCGUCUUGCCAAGUGGAAGUACUGUUUACGUCAAAAGUGUCAGCUGCUCAGAUGAUGAUGAAAAGCCCCGCAAAAGACGGCGAACAAAUUCUUCUAGUUCUUCCCCUGUUCUCCUGAAAGAAGUCCCGAAGGCAGUGACUCCCAUCACUAAAACUAUCACAGUGCCUGUAAGUGGGAGCCCCAAAAUGAGUAAUAUAAUGCAGAGCAUUGCCAACUCCUUACCACCACACAUGUCGCCUGUGAAAAUAACCUUCACUAAGCCCUCAACACAGACAACAAACACCACAACACAGAAGGUCAUAAUAGUAACCACCUCUCCAAGCUCAACUUUUGUACCCAACAUCCUUUCCAAGUCCCACAACUAUGCAGCAGUUACAAAACUUGUCCCAACAUCAGUCAUUGCUUCAACUACUCAAAAGCAGCCCGUGGUUAUCACUGCUUCCCAGUCCUCCGUGGGCAGCAGCAGCAGCUGCUCCACUCCCUCCUGCACUGCAAAUACUAUUGCUGUGACUGCUGUAGUGUCAUCCACACCAUCAGUGGUUAUGUCAACAGUAGCACAAGGUGUAUCUACAUCAGCAGUUAAAGUUGCCUCUACCAGACUACCUUCCCCAAAAGGUUUGGUUGGGAAUCCAACUCAGAUCUUAGCACAGUUUCCCAAACAGCAUCAGCAGUCUCCCAAACAGCAGCUGCACCAAGUCCAACAGGCCCAACAGCAGCAGCAGCAGCAACCUCAGCAGCAGCAGCAGCAGCUGGUGCCGUGUUCUGUAGCCCAGCAGCAGCCACAGCAGUCUCAGUUGCCAGCUGGCAUCAAGCCCACCAUUCAGAUCAAACAGGAAUCAGGUGUUAAAAUAAUCACUCAACAGGUGCAGCCCAGUAAAAUCCUUCCCAAACCAGUUACAGCGACCUUGCCCAGCAGUAGCAAUUCACCCAUUAUGGUGGUUAGCAGUAAUGGGACUAUCAUGACAACUAAACUGGUCACUACUCCCACUGGAACUCAAGCAACAUAUACACGGCCAACGGUGAGCCCCUCUCUGGGAGCUCGGGUGGCUGGAACUCCAGGGGCUGCUACUUAUGUGAAAACUACAAGUGGUAGCAUCAUUACUGUAGUACCAAAAUCACUGGCUACUUUGGGAGGGAAGAUCAUCAGCAGCAAUAUUGUUUCUGGAACUACAACCAAAAUCACUACAAUUCCAAUGACAUCGAAACCCAAUGUGAUUGUUGUGCAGAAAACUACUGGAAAAGGAACUACAAUUCAAGGGCUUCCAGGCAAAAAUGUUGUCACAACACUGUUGAAUGCUGGGGGGGAGAAAACUAUUCAGGCAGUGCCAGCAGGAGCAAAACCUGCUAUCAUCACUGCCACAAGACCCAUCACAAAAAUGAUUGUUACACAGCCAAAAGGAAUAGGGUCCACGGUCCAGCCAGCCACCAAAAUCAUCCCAACUAAAAUUGUUUAUGGUCAGCAAGGGAAAACACAGGUCCUCAUAAAACCAAAGCCAGUGACAUUUCAAGCAACAGUUGUGAGUGAACAAACCAGACAGCUGGUGACUGAAACGUUACAGCAGGCUUCAAGGGUAGCAGAGACAGGAAACUCAUCUCUCCCAGAAGUGAAAGAAGAACCACAAACCUACACUGACAGUAGCUCUUCUUCUACAGAGUCUUCCCAGAGCUCUCAAGAUUCUCAGCCUGUAGUCCAUGUGAUUGCUUCAAGAAGUCAAGAUUGGUCCGAACAUGAAAUUGCUGUGGACACAAACCCUACAAUAAUUUACCAGGACGUAUCCAGUGAAUCUCAGUCAGCUACUUCCACAAUAAAAGCUUUGCUGGAACUUCAGCAGACAACAGUGAAGGAAAAGUUGGAAUCAAAGCCGAGGCAGCCUACCAUUGACUUGAGCCAAAUGGCUGUUCCAAUUCAGAUGACUCAAGAAAAGAGGCAUUCUCCAGAAAGUCCUUCAAUUGCUGUUGUAGAGUCAGAACUCGUGGCUGAAUAUAUCACAACUGAGCAAACUCCUGAUUCUGGAGAAGUGCCACUGACCUCUUUACUUUCAGUCAGUCAUCGGUCCCAGCCCCACCAGUCAUCUCAGCCCCAGAGGACGCUGCUGCAGCACGUGGCUCAGUCUCAGACAGCAACGCAGACUUCUGUUGUGGUGAAAUCUAUUCCUGCAUCCUCCACUGGCGCCAUUACCCAUAUCAUGCAGCAGGCCUUAAGCAGUCACACUGCGUUUACCAAACACAGUGAACAACUUGGAACUGAGGAAGGAGAAGUGGAAGAGAUGGACACCUUAGAUCCUCAAACUGGCCUGUUUUACAGAUCUGCCCUGACACAACCACAGGCACAAAAGCAGCAAAAACUGAGUCAGCCACAGCUGGAACAGACUCAACUGCAAGUGAAAACUCUGCAGUGUUUCCAGACGAAGCAGAAGCAGACAAUCCACCUGCAGGCUGAUCAAAUCCAGCACAAACUCCCACAAAUGCCCCAACUUUCCAUAAGGCAUCAAAAGCUAACCCCCCUGCAGCAAGAGCAAGCACAGACCAAACCAGAUGCACAGCACCCCCCCCACCAUAUGAUGGCCAAAGAAAGGCAACUCCCUACCUUAGUGGCACAGCCACAGCAAACUGUAGUACAGGUGCUUGCAGUAAAAACCACGCAGCAGCUGCCCAAACUGCAACAGGCACCAACGGCACAAAAAAUCUUCGUGCAACCCCAGCCCCCCCAGAGUCAAAUGCAGCUACCUGCCUCUUCAGAGAAACAGCCAGCAAGCCAGGUGCAACAUCUAACUGUAAUGCAAGGAUCCACUGUUACAGAGAUAACUUUUGAGGGGCACGAGCCUCCUUUUGUUUCAAAGGUAGCAGGUGGCAGCUCUGUGCCCAAACUGGCAUUGCUGGUUACCAGCCUAUUUCCCAUGCAGGCAUCCACGGAGACAUCAGUAGCAGAUAUAUUGAGAGUGUCUAUGGUGGAAGCUCAGAUUGAUGCAAACAUAGAACAUACGAUAGUGGAUCCCCCAAACAAGGCCACGUCCACUAGUAAAGCUGCUAGUGAAGCAGAGUCGUCACCUUGUACCCAGGGCCCGAGGGUGGCUGCAGUAGGGAUGACGGCACCUUCCAUCCCCCAGCAACAGACACAUACAGAAUCCAGCUCAAGCCCUCCUGCUGCUGGUCCUACUUUGUCAGAGAGGAAACUUGAUGCACGAGGAGUACCUACAACAAACCAGUUUAUACACAUUCAGAAUAUAUCACAAAAGAAAGCUGAAGAGAGCUCAUCAGAAAUUGUUGUCCAGACUAUCCCUCACUAUUCCAUCCCUUGUCACUCUAGCUCCAAUGUGGUGGUGGAACCCAGCGGGCUCCUGGAGCUCAACAACUUCACCAGUCAGCGCCUCGAUGAUGAGGAGACAGCAAUGGAGCAAGAUGUGGACAGUAGCACUGAGGAUGGCACUGAGCCCAGCCCCUCUCAAAGUUCUGCUGAACAAUCCUAAGGAAUAGGGACACUGGAGUGCACUUUAAAGUAUCUUGGGAUUUUGAGCAUCCAAGAUGCCCUUCUGUUGUGAUGUCUUAGAGCACUUUGCCUAUUAGAAUUGUUCAUUGGACUCUUGAAGCUUCAGUAUGUUUUAACAAGACAGUAUUGCAAAAGCUGCAUCUUAAAAACUGUUUCGGAAAAAAAAAAAAGAAGAGAUGUAGGUACCAAGAUUUAGUAAACCUGUGACAGUGGAAUGUACUCCUGUUCAGAAAUAAAUCUGCAAUGAAUAGUACACCUUGUGCUAUUGAAGCCCUUGCCCAGAUACUGAAACAGCGUUUAGUGAAAAGGGAUCAUUAUUUUGCUGUGUCUUUUCGGCUGUUGAGCAAAACACUGUAAAAAAAAUAGAAAAUGCUUAAUUAUUUUUUUUUAUUUUCAAAUAGCAUGUGAGAGAAAAAAUGUCUCUGACAGUGCUGGAAAGGCCCCAGGAAUUUUGGAAUUGGUUAGCUUUCUUGCACUUGUGCUCACUUAAUUUUUUGUUUUCCAGAAGCUUAAAGUGUUUUUUAAAAAUUCUUGUUGGUGAAUGUCUGGAAAUAAGCAAAACUGCUAAGUGGAUUUGCUAGUGGAGUUUUAUUUUCAUGCUUUACAAGAAGUAGGGUAAUGGUAGAUGAGGCAUUUCUUUGUGCCAUAAGCAUACAAAUGCUCAUCUACUCUAGUUAACAUUUGAUUAUUUAUUUAAAUAUAAAAUUUAAAGUGAGACAAGUUGUUGAAAAAGUUCCUGUGAAACAGGCAGUUGUAUUAAUUCUAGUACAAACCAGGGAGAAGGAGGUGUAUUUUGCUAUUAAUCAGUUUUUCAAAACUGGGGAUAAAUAGUUCAGCAUCUUUCCAAGUUGAACUUGAGAAUUUAGAAGUGAGCUAAGUGACUUUUAAAAUCUAUAUUUUACUCUUACAUGCUGUUUUUAAAGUUGACAAUUUGGGGAGUUUAAAAGCUUAAAUGGGUGUACAAUGGUAGGUUUCCAAAGUUAGCCUUAUGCCUUGGCUUGUUGAAGCAAUACAUUGGGGUUUUGUGAUAGUUAAAAGUCACAGAGAGCGGUUUGGGUUCAGAUGGGACAAGAGAACCAGUUUUAAUACAUUCUGGUGAUCUAGACAAUACAUUUUUUUUCCAAAAUGUAUAUAAAACCAUGUUUUUAACUGUUUUGUAUAGAUUUCAUUAUAAAUAACUAAGCAUUUUAUGACUUUGACAUAUCAUUUAAUUGUAUAUACAUGUAUAAGCCUAACUGCCCACGUUUUGGUGCUGAAGUACUGUAAGUAGAUUUCAUCUAAAGUCUAAUACAGCUUUUUGCGUCAUUCUUUCCUUUUAAGCUGUUAUUUUACUGUUGAUAUUGUCGUUAAGGUGAAAUUCCAGUUGAAGUAACUCAAACUGAAAAAUACAAAUCCUAAAAACCGUUUAUCUUAUCUGUCCUGAGUAUCCACCUAUGUUACAACUCGCAGCAACCCCUAGAGGGGGCUCUUGGUUUUCUCUAACCUCAGUUGUCUUACAAGGAUCUUCAUAAACUUCUUUUUUCCUUCUGUUUUCUUUUUCCAUCAACGUUAGUUCCAAAAUAAUAUAGUUUAUAAUUGUGGAAAAAUGUCCUGAUAAAUUUG